CGCUGCUGUCAGACGCGUUAUUCGGAGUGGGAGUGAGGGCUAUGGACGAUUUAUCGACAGAUUCGCCUGUGGGACAAAUCUCCUCUAAAACAGUCCACAUGGUUUACUUUUGUCUCAUGUGUAAAUAACCUAAAAAAUGAAACGCAUAAACAACAAUCGGUGAUUUCUUCUUUCCUGGUUGUUUCAAAAAGAAGGUUUAGACUUAAUUCUUAUUUUUUGUGUUGAUAUCUUACUCGGAUAUGGCACAUAUCUGGAUCCAAUAAGAGAAUUUCACAGCGUCAGACGCGUCUGCGGCGGGGGAGACCAGCGGAGGGACUCGGAAACUUGUGUGGUGCAGCAGACGGUCUCUCUUUACGAAUCGGCGCUGAAACAGCCUGAGAGAAAAAGAGAGCCAUGGUGAACUCCCUCUUACUGAUGCUCAGCUGGACUGUGAUCUCUGAGGUGGCGAGAGCUCAGAAUGACACGGAGCCUAUUGUCCUGGAGGGGAAAUGUCUCGUGGUGUGCGACUCUAACCCGACCACGGACUGGAAGGCUUCGUCUUCUCCGCUCGGGAUCUCAGUGCGCGCCGCCAACUCCAAGGUGGCUUUCUCUGCAGUCCGGAGCAACAACCAUGAACCGUCGGAGAUGAGCAACAAAACGAGAAUAAUAUACUUCGACCAGGUUCUUGUGAAUAUAGGAAACUACUUCACAUUUGAAUCAGUAUUUUUGUCCCCAAGAAAAGGAAUCUACAGUUUUAACUUCCAUGUCAUUAAAGUGUACCAGAGCCAAACCAUACAGGUGAACUUGAUGUUGAAUGGGAAACCAGUCAUCUCUGCCUUUGCGGGUGACAAAGAUGUAACUCGUGAGGCUGCCACCAAUGGAGUUCUGCUCUAUCUAGAAAAAGAGGACAAAGUCUACCUAAAGCUGGAGAAAGGAAACCUAGUUGGUGGAUGGCAAUACUCAACAUUUUCUGGCUUUCUUGUGUUCCCUCUGUAAAAAAAAAAAAAGAAAAAAAAAGAAAAAGAAAAAAGCUAAAGAAAAAAAAGAAAAGAAGAUUGUAAGCUUACUGACUUCUUCAUAAUGUGUUGUCACUGUAUAAUCAAAACAUUGCUGCUGCGUCCGUUGGAUCUUGCCAAAUUGUUGAAAAAUGAUAAAUGGAUCAGAAAAGAGAGAGGAAAUGGAAAUCGACUCUGGAAAUAGUUCACAUUCUCUGGAUGUGCUGAGUCUCCGUCCAGAUGAAAGAGACUUGAAAUGUUCCCUAUCGCUACUGUAUGUUCCUGUCACUCAAGCAGCCUCAGAGAGGAACACUAAAACAUCCCAAAAGUACUUUUCAAACUUUGACUUGUCGGAAUAUAUUUAGCAUACUGAUUUUUAUCAUGGCAACUGUUGCAUUCAAGUACAUCUGCCUUCUGGGUGUAAACUGUAUAUGCUUGUGUUACUUGUGUGACUUGUCAUCACCAGAGUAUUCACAUUGUAA